CUUUAAAUUCGACAUUCAUAUACAUCGGGAAUAGUCCCUUCGUGAUAGCCGUUUCAACUCCCAUGGAUCUUCAAAAUCUGGGGUAGUCCUUAGUCAUCGAGCCGCUAACCUGUAAAAUUCCCCCACUAUGUUCAAGCUUUCACCAACAUCUGAUCGCAUGCAUCAACACCAAUAUGCUUCAAUUAUACCGGUAGUCUCCAUGUACACGUACCCACACAAACCGCAGCCGCCAUGAUUCGCCAACACUUCGUCGCGGCGCGCAGUUCACAGCAUAGAGUCGCGGCAUUGGCACUUUAUCGAGCACUCUUGAAAACAGCGUCCAAUGUGCCCUUACCGCAUCAUCUCCAUCCUGGUGGACGGAAACACCCUUUGACAAAAAUAGUGAGAGAGAGAUUCGCCAAGAAUAAGCCACUCACCAGUUUCAGGCUUCUUUACGACUCAAUGGCUGCAGGAUACAAGUUCCUUACUUUAUUAACGAAAGGACGAGAUACAAAGUCGCCCGAGCACUCUGAAAUCCUUCGACAUCUCCGGAAACGCAACUUUACGGCCAAUCUUUCGCGUCUAGAAUCCCCCUCCUACAAAAAGCCACCCCGUUCGAAACAACGAAUCAAUCCUCCACUUUUCACCAAAGUCUCUGCCUCUGAUGAGCCUGUUAAAUACGAACCAACUAUCCGCCCUCUUCCAAAAACUGCAUUUGUAGGCGAAAGAAAGGCGCCAGUUACUGGUAACACUGCUGAGUUCCUACCGUUCGUGCGAAUCAAGAAACCACAGCCGAGGGUGUUCUCACGGGCAGUUAGUAGAAAGACAACCAUAUUUCGACGGUCUGUUAACACUCUUUUGAGUGUUUCCAAAAAGGACAUUCCGAGGGCUCGAUUAGGCGAUCGUUGGGACGCUAUGAUGGACACAUUGCUACUUGAGGAGGGUCUUACGGAUGAAGUUGUACAGGAUGGACCAUUAGCGUCAUAUCAUUUCACUGCGACUCUGACAAAAGCUUGGUGGGAUCAAAAACUUACGAAGAUCACAGACGACCGGACGGCUCGCGCUAAAGCAGUGAGCAGUCUUAUUGAGCAGGAACUUGCACUGGUCAAGGAAGAAAAGGAGAGUGGCGCAGAGCCAACUGAUCCUAAAGUAGCAAAGGAGACUUUGGAUACAAUCCUAACAGAAUAUCGCCAAAAGCAGACCGAAAUGGAACGAACGAGAGACACUUCAUUUGAAGACCCGUUCUUGUCUGAACAAUGGAUCGCAAAGACACAAAAGUUAGAGCGUGAAUAUGCCAAGAAGUAUGAAGGCAUAGUGGACGACAGUGAUAGAGGUGUCUCUUGGGCAAAGAGGCAAGGGCUGGCCAAGAAAGAGAAUUCUCUGUUAGGGGCGGUGGAAUCUGACGAAGAUGCUCAAUUUUUCAGUCACGUUGCGGCCAUGCGAAGAGGUCGCUAAUAAAAGGGUCUGUAAUCACCUUCAAUUAUACCCGGUUUCGGUCAUUUAUAGUGGAAUUGGAAAGAAUAUAGGCAUGUACAAUAUAGAUGGGAUAUGAUACCCUUUGUAUUCAACUUUUGGCUGCAAAUGCUGUGUAGAUCAUAACUUGAAAUGCACAAAAUUCCCAAAAUCGUAUGCCCUAAACAUCCAAAUCAUUCAUCAAUGUCGUCAUUCUGUCAGGAUACGUGUUCUUAGACAGGUUCUGCCUCCAGCUGUCUAUUAGACCUAUUCGAAUGCGCGCGUGGUCGAGUAAUCAUCUUCAACGUCUUUUUCCCCUCGUUUGCUACUUCAGCCCAGCUCUUUAACGAUUGGAGUGAGGGCACAGAUGGUCGGCGUGUCUGAUCCCCGUCGAUGCUUGCGAGGUCGGACCGAAGAGUUCUCGGGGAUGACAUGGCGGAAAAUGGUAUUGAGAAGGCAGGGCUGCUCGGCUCUGACGGCGCUGGCCGGGGUUCAGGGGUCACCACUCUCGCAUCGGGUUGAUCAGGCUGCUUGGACAAUUGGCCCCAUUGAGGUACUUUUGCAGAGUCCACAGGAAGCGGGUUGCGGUCCAGGGCUGGGCUGCUUUGCAGAGGUGUUGGAUUUGUCUCGAUGCUAUGUCGAGAGAAUACUGAAGAGGACAUGCUGCUAUCCGUGAGGCUUUGGUCACGGUUGAGAUUCGGCGUUUCACUUCGAGACGGUGUAACUGGCAAGGGGAGCUUCGAGCCAGAUCCGCGCGAGCGCAAAGUAUAACCCGAAAUAUUGGUGAAACUUGGUGUUCUCGAGGUCGGGAAUUCAAUUGAACCUCUGGGGGUUAUGUCAUUCGGAGGUCGCGGUGAGACGGCUUGUCGUUGUAGUGGUGAGGCCCUCUGCUCUGGUGGGAGACGCUGAUAAGACCGAGACCAUGGCUGAAAGGCUGGCCUUGCCGCUGGCGUAACCGGCGUCGACUUCGAUUUUGGUGGCGAUUCAAGCCCAGGCCCAGAUUCAAGAUUCGUUGUGCUGCUUCGAUAGGGUCGCGGCAUCGCCAUUUUGCUCGGGGGCUUACUCGUGCUACUCCUCCUUUUGGCAUUAUCUGCCUCUAAGGUAUGACACCUAUCCUCCAUAUCUUUGAGCUUCUUUUGAAGCAUGACCACAGCCUGUUUAUGUUCAUCGACCUCGCGCUGGAAUCGAGAUUCGUAUGUUCUGUCUCGUCCUUCGAGCUCGGCAACCUUUUGUUUCAAGCGAUCGUUUUCUUUCCGAAGGCUCAUCAAUGCCGUGAGCUUUUUAUCCCACUUGUCUUCGACCCACGAUAUUGGCCUUUUACAACACUCUCCAUGAUAAAUUUGAUGAAUUCCUCCGAGCAUGGAUAGUUUAUCAUCAAUUUUGUAUGCGUGUAAUCGGUUUUUGGGGUUCGGAGUGAUCAUUCGAGCAAUCAGGUUGACAACUGGCCGGGGACGAACUGUUUCUUGGCCCUCGUAGGUAAACAUAAAAGGGGGAGUGACCAAGGCAUGAGAGGUAAGCUUUUCCAAGUGAGUAUUCAGCUUCUGCUCUCGCUCACGAAGCUGUUCUUCCUGGGUAUUCCUAGAUGGGUAUCUUAACGCCUCGUCAAACUCGGCUAACCGAACAUUAUACAGAACGGUUGCAAUAUUUAGAAAUACUAAACCAAGUGAGUAGAUAUCUGACAACUGCAUGCUGGACCCGUCGUUGGCAUACAAUUCAGGUGCUCGCCAUCUCUCAGUUCCCGGUACUCCCUCUGUCAUAGUUUGAUCCUGUCCACUAACAUCUCUCGAGACGCCAAAAUCAGCAAGGUAGACUCGGUCUGCCUUGAGCAGGAUAUUAGAUGGCUUGAUGUCGAGAUGCCUCACAUCAUUCUGGUGGCAAUAGGCCAAUGCGCGAGCAACGCAACCUAUUGUAUUGCGUAAGAAUUCGAGUGGGCAUUUUGUUGUCGAGUGGAGAAGCUGGUCUUCAGACGAUUGCUCUAUAGCGCUCAAAUCCUUGAUGUCUAAAGCAUCUAGCCUCUCGAGGAUAUCCUCACGGUCCCCUUCUCCCAUGCGCAAGUAUUCCAAGUCUUCGAGGAGAGUGCUCAAAUUACAGACGGCAGCAGGCCAGAUGAGCAGGCAUAAUUCGUGGGUUCGAGGUGCGUAUGUGGCAACCAAUUUGACGACAUGGCGAUGGUCAAGUUUCUGCAUAGUCAAGCUCUCCUUGCGCAAAUCGUCGAUAGUAAACCCGCGUCGACGUGGGAUCCUCUUACGCGCAAGACAGACAGACCCGUAGGAGACCUUCUCAACGCGACCGAAUGCGCCAUAUCCCAGAUCUUCAAGCUUAGCAAGUUUUGUAUCGAAGCGCUUCGCAUCGGGGCCAUUGAAGAGCGGUUUGUUUCUGCGCAGCCAAUGUCAGCAUCGAAGGUGUGCGCAACUCAUCGGCUAUGAAUAGCUUACAUGCCGGGCCAACUAUCAUCAUCGUUCCAGCUUUCUAUGAUGGUAAGCUCCUGGAGCUCGCGCUCAGCCUCCCAUACACGACCAUAGUGCUGGGUCGGACCUGUUUGCCCGACUCUGGUCCAUCCCCGGGUCCAGUCGCCCAUGCUGAGGGACGUUGAAGGCAAAGCAGAUGUCGUCGAGGGUGCGGUGAUAGUUCGCGAAAUGGUAGCGCCGUCAGAGUAAAACAGGAGCCAUAGUGACAAAGCCCGAUAUCUAUAUUGGUUAUAGGGUCAACAAUGAUUGACGGAAUUGUUUUUUCUGGAGCAAAGAGAGCAAGCCAGGCGCAUAUGCUGAAGAUGCUGGCGUGAAGAUGAAUGAAGAGGUUGUGAAACGACAGAAGAAUAAAGUCGUCUGUUGGUGGGCAGGAGUUGAGUCUCGGCCCUUGUCGCGAAAGAGGCAGUGACAUUUUGGUGGCCUGGUUGUGUCCAGCACAAAGCUGACCCAUUAGGACUACCCUGAAGCGGUGGAGGGUCUUUGAGGGUUGGACAGCUGCUAAUUGGAUCAAUUGAACGCAAAUUUCUGGUGCAUGGAUAGUCUACAUAAGUGGAUGAGUGUAUACAUCCUGGUUUUCUUUGAUCAUACUG